UCUACUCAUAAAACUUGCUAUUCAGAUCUCAAUAACCCCAAGGUCAUGUCCAUGGCUUUCCCCACCGCCAUGGCUCCGAAACGAGAGAAAGAUCCCAAGAAGAGGAUAGUAAUAACAGGGAUGGGCUUAGUUUCAGUCUUCGGAACCAAUACAGACGAAUUCUAUAACAAGCUUUUAGAAGGACAGAGCGGCGUAAGCUACAUAGACCGGUUCGACGCCUCGUCAUUUUCCGUUCAAUUUGGCGGUCAGAUUCGAAAUUUCUCUUCCAGCAAAUAUAUUGAUGCAAAGAAUGAGCGCAGGCUCGAUGACAGUUGGAGAUACUGCAUUGUUGCAGCUCGAAAAGCUCUUGAAGAUGCAGGACUUGUUAAUGAAGCCUUAGACUCGGUGAACAAGUCAAGAGCAGGCGUUCUAAUCGGAUCAGGAUUGGGGGGCUUGAAGGUUUAUAGUGAUGGAGUUGAUGCUUUUACUGGGAAUAACUACAAGAAAAUUACUCCAUUUUUUAUUCCUUAUUCCAUAACAAACAUGGGGUCGGCAUUAUUAGCCUUAGAUGCAGGUUUGAUGGGACCAAACUACUCAAUUUCUACAGCGUGUGCCACAGCAAAUUGCUGCAUCUAUUCUGCUGCUAAUCACAUUAGGAGGGGUGAAGCUGAUAUCAUGGUUACAGGGGGGACUGAAGCACCCAUCCUACCUAUUGGAAUAGGUGGUUUCAUAGCUUGCAGGGCUCUGUCUCAGAGGAACAAUGAACCAGAGAAGGCUUCCAGGCCGUGGGACAAAGACCGCGAUGGCUUCGUCAUGGGAGAGGGAUCUGGUAUUUUGGUAAUCUUCUAACAAUAUUGACUAAUUAGCUUUGAUCCCCAUUUAUGAACAGGAGUGGACUCAUCUUGCUGUUAGAGAAUAAGAGGCU